GUGGAGGCGGAAGUGGCGCGGCGGCGCGGGGCUCCCGGAGUAGGAAGGAGCCGGGGCUGCAGCCCGGAGUGCGGCGGCUGCCAGCCUGACGAGCAGGCGCGGCCGCGGCGCCAUAUUGCGGCCCUGGGCGGCCGCCACCGAGUCAUGGCCGAGACUUACGACUUCCUCUUCAAAUUCCUGGUGAUUGGCAGCGCGGGAACUGGCAAGUCAUGUCUCCUUCAUCAGUUCAUUGAGAAUAAGUUCAAACAGGACUCCAACCACACCAUCGGCGUGGAGUUUGGAUCCCGGGUGGUCAACGUUGGGGGGAAGACGGUGAAGCUACAGAUUUGGGAUACAGCCGGCCAGGAGCGGUUUCGGUCGGUGACACGGAGCUAUUACCGAGGGGCUGCAGGAGCCCUGCUGGUGUAUGACAUCACCAGCCGGGAGACCUACAACUCUCUGGCGGCCUGGCUGACAGAUGCGCGCACGCUGGCCAGCCCCAACAUCGUGGUCAUCCUCUGUGGCAACAAGAAGGACUUGGACCCCGAGCGUGAGGUCACUUUCCUGGAGUCCUCGCGCUUUGCCCAGGAGAACGAGCUAAUGUUCCUGGAAACCAGCGCUCUCACGGGCGAGAAUGUGGAGGAGGCCUUCCUGAAGUGUGCCCGAACCAUCCUGAACAAGAUUGACUCAGGGGAGCUGGACCCUGAGAGGAUGGGCUCAGGCAUCCAGUACGGGGACGCAUCCCUUCGCCAGCUGCGGCAGCCUCGGACCGCCCAGGCCGUGAGCCCGCAGCCUUGUGGCUGCUGAGACUCAGGAACACAGCUCUCCUGAUCUCCAGGACCAGCCCUGCCCUUGGCUGGGGCCCACACACAGGCCCGGAGGCCGAGCCCCCCACCUGCCCUGGCCCCGGACAAACUGCCCGACUCCCUGCCUCCCUUCCCUGGCCUGCUGGGGCUGGGUUUAGGAGCAAGACUGAGCCACGGGGGUGGGGGUGGGGGCAAGAGGGAAUCCAUACUUGCUACUGCUUCCUUCCCCUGUCUUGGCUGACCCCUGUUUUCCCUCCUCCCGAAACCCCAACCAAACUCGAGAAGAGUUCCUCAAGCCUAGACCAGGGUUUCUCAGGCCCUAACUGCCCGACUGGCCACCGCCACUGCGAGUACGUGUUAUUUAUUACCGGUGGGGGGGUGGACCUGUCCCGCCCCCACCCUGCACACAUAAAGCAUCGUUUACACCCGA